AUGAUCCUGUCAGACACAUGCCCCAGAGAGGGGUCCUCCCCCAAACCCUCCAUCUCCGUCAGCCCCGGUGGGGUGAUCCCCGUGGGGGGGAACGUUACCAUCCGGUGUCGGCAUCAGCUCCUGGACAAGAGGAUAUUCCUCUACAAGGAUGGAGAUAGGAACUAUCUGAAUUACACAGACCCUGCCGGCUCUGAGGCUGAAUUUCCCAUCACCAGCGCCAGACGGGAACACGGGGGCAGCUACACCUGUCGUUAUAGCGACAGAACAGACCCACCUGCCUACUCGGAGCCCAGUGACGCUGUGCAGAUCAUUGUAGCAGAGCCCAGCUACCCCAAACCCAGCAUCUCCCUGAGCCCCAGCUGGGGGGUCUCCCUGGGGGGAGCCGUGGCCAUCCGGUGUUGGGGGCAGCGCCGGGGCGUGCGGUUUGUGCUGAAUAAAGAGGGACGUCAUUUCCCAUCUGUGGAUUCAGACGGGUUUGAGGCUGUGUUUCUCAUCAGCAUCGUGAGCCGGGAGGACGGGGGGAGCUACAGCUGCUCCUAUCACAGCCGAUCGGAGCCGUUCGCUGUGUCGUACCCCAGUGACCCCGUGGAGCUGGUGGUGAGAGAUCGCAGCUUACCCAGACCCUCCAUCUCCCUGAGCCCCACUGGGGUCACCGCCCCAGGGGCAGAUGCCACCAUCCGGUGCCAGGGGCAGCGCCGGGACGUGAGGUUCUUCCUUCACAAGGCUGGAGACCUGAACCCGCAGCGACACAUGGACCCUGCUGGGGCCGGGGCCGAGUUCCGCAUCCCCAGCAUGGGCCAGCAGCACGGAGGUAGCUACAGCUGCAGCUACCGGCCCCGGUCAGAGCCCUUCGUCUCGUCAUAUGCCAGCAGCUCUGUGGAGCUGGUGGUAGCAGCAGCCCCCCCGGGGCGCCCGGAUUUCACCCACACCAACAUCGCCCGCCUGGGGCUGGGCGCCGCGGUCCUGCUCGUCCUGGGGCUGAUCCUGGCCGAGGCCCGUUACAGCCGCCCAAGGGGGGCGCCCUAG